AGAAGUGCGACUAAGAAACCCUCGUUGGCCCUCCUGGGCGGCCUUGGUAGAGGUUGUCCAGGGGCUAUGCAAAUCCGGUUUUCGUAUUGGCUUGGUACUAGCGGACACACAGACUUAUCCCACGAUUGCGCCAACGUCAUCGUUCUACAAACACCUGUAAUACCUGUAAUAGGUAUUGGGUUCCUUGAUGUAACUCUAGGUAGGCAAGAGAAUCACUAAAAACAACAGCAUCUUCGUAUUGUCUUAUAGUGACCUUUCCCGCCACUCCGUACGCCAUUCUCGAUGUCUUUGUCUAGUAGUGUAAUUCUUUAGUUUCUUUUUAAUUUUAAGUCUUCUUCCUACUUAAUACUAUUCACCAUGAACUGGUAUAGGGGAUCGACGAUAAUAGAGCAGCAGCAGCAGCCUGCUACCACCGCCGCCGUUAAGUCGGAAGGCCCUGGCAAGAAGCUAAGGAGGAAGCUCCAAAAGAUCGGCACCCAGCAGCGCUGGUAUAAGCCUAAUGACCACACCGACGCUAAGAAAGCUGAACCUACUCCCGUCGUCACCGACAAAAACACGAACAGCAAGAAGACGAUUUCACAAACGACAGACACAAACGAUGGGAAAUGGCUCGAACAGCUUCGAAAAAGUGGUUAUCUCUGCCGUGGACCUCCUCCGGUCGUGAGAUCCAACGAAAAGCCACACCGCCACUCUAUGCAAGUCAUCCCCGAGUUCGCGCAUCUUAGUGUCAGCGACACCAAACCCGGACGGUCACUUGACAAAAGAGCUUCGUGCGCCACACCCUCCUCUACCUCGUCGAUUACCAGACAAUACGCAAAGACACCCGUGUACCACAUCGGACAAUUAGAAAACCACCCACGCCGGGACCAGCCUGCAGCACACAAAGUGUCCAGCGUCGAGGCCAUCGCAGAAUCUUACAGGGCUUUGCUGGAAUCGAGUUGCGCCAUACUAAAUGACUCGGCACAAGAACCUUUGCCGUUACGGCUAGGGUCCUCCUAUCGCCCAGAUGCGCGUCACUCUAUGGUCGGGGAAGAUGUUCUCAGGGAAAUACCCGAGGCCUUAUCCGUCACAGACUCGCCUCACUCAGACGACGGGACGCUGGUGGCUUUCGAGGAAGAAGCGAUCCCUUUUACCCCAAGGUCGUUCUCGCUUGAGCCGCCGCUGCGUCACAGGAGGGAGCCAAUCCGGCAACCGCCAAGACGGGCAUCGCCCGCAAGUCCCAGUCUGCAGAUAUGCCUAGAUCUUCUUGGAAAGGAGCUUUCUUCGGCUGCGAACGGCAUGUCAACCCAGUCUAGUCAAGAGACAUCGGCGUUACAGGUAUGGGUCAUGAUAGAAGCGUACGAGCGGCUGCGGGAUAAGAUCCACGACAUGCAGCUCGGGUACGACCAGGAGCAGUCGCUGAACGCCAUGCUGGACACGUGGAUCCAAGCACUAUAUACGGUUCAUGAUAAGAUGAUGGGAGGUGAUGGGAAUGAGAGCGAAAGUGAUUACGGGGACUAAGCAGGAGUUUUGACAUUUCCGGGAUUCUGACAUCCUAACAUUAUUUUCUGAUAUCCCGACUUACCCUCAUGGGCUUAUUUAAAUUACCUUCUUGUAAUGAUACCUAUUUCUUUCGUAUUCAUCGAGAUCUUUUGGUUUUGGAAAAGGAUUGGAUUGGAUACAGGAAGAUUUCUAUUCACUGGUGGAAUAAAGGAUUAAGGAAGUGGAUGCAUCAAAAUCUAUACCGAAAUUGUACUACUUGCUGUGUAGUAUUUAUAUUUAGUAUGAGGGUAUGAGGUGAUGAUAAUGAAAUGAAGUAUUAAUUCACUUUGAGGUGUUGAGUAUUAUGAAGUAGCGAGAGAGAAUUGAAGAAUUUGAAGCUUGAGAAGAU